AGGACCAGUUUGCAUGGUUUCCCUCGUUGUGCUUUGUUUCUAGUUAGCCUGAGCCUUCUCCUUCAUCUGUUGUCAAUUUUGCUCCAUUUGAUCGCUUUCAAGUAGAAACUAAGGUGUCCAGAGUCAGACUAGGUGUCUUGUAGUUCUCUCUCUUGUAGUAGUAGAAAAGAUGGCGACGCCCAGCACGAGGAUCUAGCGCGUCCUGCUGCCGUUCCGACACGAAGCCGUAGAUCUUGCAGCACUAGAGUCUUGCUCUUCAUUACUUCUACUAGACCGCUUUCAGGACAGCCUCUCCAUCUCGCGGCUUCACUGCUGCCGUUCCGCUUCCGCCUUCCGCAUGCUGCCUCUUGACCACCACUUUUCUAUCCUAGUUAACUAGCUAGUUAAAUACCUAAAAACAAAUUUAAAAAAUAGAUUUUUAUUCUGUAGCUAAAGUAUUCUGUUGCUCUGGCCAUAAUGCUGUGGGGAGUGAGGAUACUAAAUCUGGAUGAUCGUAGGGAAAAAGCAUGAUACAUUGUUCGUAGUCGAUGUGGUAAGGGAAUCAUUAGCGUGAGACCAUUUCGUCACGGUUAGUGUCUCUGCAUUAAUCUCAUAAUUGGCACCGAUUCACAUUAAGAAGAUACUGGCUGUACGAGAUGCAACUUAUUAGACCAUACUAGAAAGGGUAAACUACUACUAUUAUUAUUUAUUAGACCAUUAGGUUAAAGAACUACUUCUGCCAGUACUGCUAAUAGAUACUAGAAAUAAGAAUACCCUUACCCAUACAACAAGCAAGAGGAUUCCCUUACUCGCAUUGCCCGUUCACUAGAUACGAACCAGAUCAGGUAUUUUAAGAAAGUACGUUAAGGAACUACUUCUAGAUAUAAUACGACGAGAAAGACGCUGAAAAUGAAAAUGGCAACCGCGAAGAUGUUUGCGUCUUGGGCACACAUCUUUUACAACCUGUUGAAGAUGCUGGCCGUCGCAUCGUGGAGCUUCGUCCACCUUGGGGGUGUGCUUCAGGGUGUGCACGCAGCUGGACAACUUCUUGUCACGACGACAUCGACAACAACUACAUCAAGCAGUGCUAAGAAACUUCAAGUAGAAACUACGGCUGGUUCUUUCGACAAGGAGAACAACAGUCGUGGGAGUAACGAUUCAUCUCCUACGUCGCCAGACCCUAGUGCCUUGACCGGCACAGGGCGUGUCGGUUGGGAAGACAUCACAUCCGAUGAGAAUAUGCUGUCCAACGUGGGAGCCGGCCUUUCUCUUGCGGGAACGGGAAGAGUGGUGUCUCAGAGCAACGUAGAGGCUAUUCUAGAAGUGAUGAAUGAAGGCAGUCAGGAAGUGGAAAGGCCUCAAACAUGUUGCGAAUUUGAAAUGAACAUCGAAAGAGUUCCUGGCCCAAGGUCUGGAUUCCUUACACCACGACCACGGGCCAGACGCUCAGAAGAUGAAGUAGAACGCUUGCGAUUGGGUGGGUUGCCCCAGCAGCAAAAAUUUCAGCCGGGUUUUCUUCGUGUGCUAGAUAAUCUCCAUGGUGAGACAGCACGCUCCUCGUCUCAGCAGCAAGAACUACAGACACAAACAAGUCGUGCUGAACGGCCACGCCUGACAACUCCUGGCCUAGCAGCUGUGCCAACUCGUAAAGAAAAAAGUCGCCUUCUCCCGUUCUUUGACGAGCACUGGCCUCAGAUGUUACUGCUUUCAAAGUUUCUCAAUCCUCCAGAUAGACUGGCGCUGCGUCAACUAGCCCAGCAAUGUUGUGGUCGUAAGGAUGAGACAGCAGACGCAGAGAACCAAGGAAACCAACACGAAGAUCUUCAUGAAGAUGGGCCACAAGGUCACGUCCUCCAACAAGAUGAUCAUGAUCUUGAAGUUCAUGGCGGACAAGUAGGAAAAGGAGGCCUUCAUGUCCAACAAGUACAAGAUGAUCUACAGGAUUUUUGGACAGUGCGUUGCCGGGAGGCUGCUUUGUUUUGCGAUGAUAUGGAACAGCGUUUGGGCCUGAGCGGUCCAAUUCCUGAUCAGGGUCCUGCUUAUCUACCAGGCAAUCCGCAGCGUGCGAUCUUUUCGAGUGACGGAAAAGUUUUGCAUCCUGAUGGUAGGCGAAUGACGUUUGAAGACGCGGCCGCCCUUUCCGGUCAACCGGUUUUCUACGGUCGUCAGUCUUCACUUUUUGCUUCAUCUGGAUCUGGGCCAUGUGCGUCGAGCCCUUUUUCGUCAGCUCCUCCACUACCAUUUGCGUCUGGGUCUAGUCCGUUUUUAUCGACUCCGUUUCCCUCGUCCAGUUCCACUGCUGCGAUUGCAGGAGCUGCCGUUUACGGUCCGACGAGUUCUUCCAUGAGUACACUGAUGUCUCUCGCAGACCAACAGCAGAAACGUUUUGAGCAAGAGUUUCGCUCCUGCGUGUUAGGUCAAGACCAAGCGUCCUAUCCUAGUCAGGCACAUUGGGAGCGAGACAUGUUCGGGCGCAUCAUGGGAGGGUAAGUAGUUUUUAAUCAAGUGUAAAGGUGGAGCUCUUGAAGCUAGUGGAGAUGCAAGCUUUGUUCUCGUCAUAUUAUGGGGAAGGGGGGGUCGUGCAAGGGCUAUCGACUUUUGCGGUUCAUGUGUGGCGUGGUGUUGUGAAGAAAGAAUAUUUGAAGAAUCUGGUCGUGAUGUAUCUUGUCUUAGUCCUCCUAUCUGCUCCGGAAUAACAUGCAAAACAUAGAUCUGAAAGUUUCCGGGUAAUAGUCUUCAAUCUCAGAAAAUUUUGGAUCCUAUUCGUGUCUUCCAUGGUAUGAAUAAGUAAGCGAGUACUGUUUUGGUUGUCUUAAGUUUUGCUUUUUACCUAGUGCGUGAAGAUGGUCGUCUUGGCAAGUGAAUUUCUUACUUUCUUGCUGGUGUUGAAGUUGUUAAAAAGAAGCUGUCUAAAGUCUUAAAUAUUUCGUUUUUGAGUGAUGUCAUUGAUUGUUGUGCUCCAUCGUGUAUGAAAAGACAAUUAUGGCAUUCUCCUCCUUCUUCCCUGUGCAUAUAAAAAGGCGCCUAUUAUGCUUGAUUGAGGUGAAUAAAGGUGGAGAAAAUUCGCCUCUGAUCGUGUGGGGAUGGCGCUGAUUAGUGAGCACGUUAACUGCAGCACACUCCAGAAAAACCAUUUUUGAUUAUCAUCGCCCUCCGAUGAAAAUCUAGGCACAUCCACGACAGGGCGAAGCAGUGACCAAGCAAGUAACUACUUAGUUGAUGACAAUUCCAAACUUCUUGUUGUUUCUUAUGAAAUUGUCCUUGGUGUCCCUCGACUGGACUGAAUAGAUUCUUAGAGCCCUAGCUCUAUAGUAACAGAUGUCUAGUCUCUCGACUUCAAUCCCUCAGUGUUACCCUCCUCCGGCGUGAACACUUAACUAUCAUUAACUAACGCACUCGCGUUUACAGUGAGCACUAGCUCCAUCUUAUCUCUUAUGUUCUGAGUCCACGACUCUUAAACCAAAACCUAAACGUUUGUUGGGAAGAGAUAGAUGGAUGGAUCGACUAAUCUCCUUGAAACCUAAGCACGAAAGUAUGUGGAAGGUCCUCCCACCCUUGUCAUACUUAACGAACACACAGAGAAAAGGACUGGAAAGAGGAAAACUAGUAAGAAGGAAACUUAACUCGACGUAUUUUCAGACAUAGCCACACACAAGAACAAGAACUUUGCCCAUAUAUAAGUAGUUGUGAAGUAAUAAAUAAUAAUAUCGCUUUUUACUAAUUAAUCCUUCACCCUAUAGUGUCUUGGUCGUGAGGUUUUUUGAGAAAGAUUUCUGAUUACUACUGGAAUAAUUAUCUAACAAUAGAACUUUUUUAAAACGGUCUUUGGCUACUACUAGAAGAACUAGAGAAUAUCCUGUCACUCGUCAGCUAAUACUUCACGACAUUUUAUUGGUAGCAGUUGUUAAGGAUAGAAUGUUGGUACGUAGGAGGUUAUCUAUUUAGGUGUAAAUAUAUGAUUUUUUAGGUCUUUUUUAGGUAUAUAUAUUUUUUAGGUCUAUUUAUGCUGCGUAAGUAGUUCAGACUUGAAGUGUAAGAAAUAGGUUUACCAAUGGUAGCAUAAGCGGUUCUUAUAAGAUGUUGCUUAAUACACACCCGAUAGGUUUUUAGUGGCACGUUGACGAAUUGAUCGUCAAAAAAGUGAUUUUCUCCGUGCUACGAAUAAGCCUGGUGUUCCAUAAAACAAAGUUAUUCUAGCUCGUGGCUGUAUCGAAAAAACUAAUACCAAGGUAUAUAUAAAAAAUGGUGAAAAAAGUCCGGUCAUCUGUUAUAUCUUGAAUGGUGAAGGAGCUUGCCCCUUUUUGGUGAGCUGAAAAGGAAAGUUCCAUUCUUGCUGGUUCUUUGAUCCUGUCGUCUUGUGCCUUAGAAUCGUGGACUUGUGCUCUUGAAGAAUUGAAAAAUCAUAAGAAUAAAAAACAACUUAAAAAACAAAAAUAAAAAUAGCAUAAAAAUAAAAAAUAGGAUCUGAACUUGCCGAAAAAGGUGACACUUUAUGCUCGCUGCUAUCUCCCUUACGAGCUUGACGGGUCCGAAAAAAGAUCCUCACUAAGAGUGGCUGCGCCUCCGUUUACUUCUUAUUAUGUAGGGCAUUUUUCAUGUUGUUGAUGUUUGUGAUUGACUAGUAGAUGGUGCGACUAUUAUGAUUGAUGAUUAGGGUUGUUUCUUCAUCUUUCUUCACUUUUACUUUUUUCUUGCAUCUGAGUUUCUUCUUCUUCUUCUCCUGUAGUCUUUUCACUUUAAUCUGACCAUCAUGUAUUAUAGCUUUAUAUGUUGAUGCUUCUUCUUCUUGUGUCUUUUUU